CAGUCUGAGCUUCAGUUCAGUCACUGCUCUGUUGUGCAGGGAGGAGGGACACAUCGCAAGAGCCUGUCCAAGGCACGGGGACCCAGCUCCAUCUGGUCCAGGAGGGGCGGCGGCUGCUACGGCGGAGGGCUCUCUGCCUAGGGCAGCCGUGGCUCCGGCGGGAUCUCCACCGGCCGCUCCGGUUGUGUCCGACCUGGCGCACGAGCCGGCAGCAGCUGAGACAAAGCAGGGAGAACAGAGAGGGAUCACAUGCAGCUCAGUGAAUGGAGUGUAGUCAAAGAUCGAGAGGAGGGAGAGGUCACCUGUGGAUGUGAGGUGGGGAGGAUGAAGGCUUUCUGAGGAGCUGCACCCAUCACCCGACACAUCAGACAGGCACGAGAGAGGCUGAGCAGCAAGUAUCUCCCUGUGAAAGGUUUUCGAUGGCAGAGGCCGAGCGUCCCAUGUCAGAGCUGUACCCAGGAGGGGGAGCUGUUAGCCUCUCUGCUCAGUCCCUCUUUGACCCCUCCAAGAGCUCGACACAGCCAACAGACUGCAGACUGGCUGCAGCACCAGGCAAAGUCUCCCAGGAAGAGCUCCAAGAGGCUGUCAGUGAGAUCUGUAAAGCACAUUCAGAAAGUGACUGCAGCUGUCUGAGGGUCGGCGGAGAUCCUGGUGAACAAGAACAAAGCCAAUGUGAACACUGUGUGCCCCUCAAGGCUUCAAGCCCCCCCCAUAGUCUGGCUGAGACGCAUGCACCCUCACAUCUGCACGAGAGAGUGGUGAAUGCAAUCAAUGGCAACUCUCAGGCUGGUGAGACGGUGCAGAGCAUAGAGCCCGCCUCCCUCCCUGUUCACAGGAGCCACUUGGACACUACCUACAUCCCUGUGGUUAAACAGGGAGCCCCCCAGGCUCUGCUCAGAAACACUUGUGGACCUGACUACCAUGGUGGAGAUAAGAGUAUCCAAGAGAGUCACUCCAUGUUAGCCUGCAAGCAGCCCAUGCAGCUGCAGCAGUGCCACAUUAUCACCACCAUUUGCCGAGGGGCCAACAGUGGAGAAGGUGGUGCGCAGCAGCCUCACAGCAGGUGUGUCUGUGUCUCGUCUGCCAAGGCAGAAGCCAAAAUGGAGGGUGUUGAAGGAAAGGGCCAUCUUUCCCCUAAAUGUGACAAGCCACUCUGCUAUGGCUCUUACAACUACCAUGUCAAUUUUGAGGACACAUUUGCUGCCUACUGCCACCCCCAGCCCAUCCCUGCGCACCCCCAGCUGCUGCCCCGUGUGGCAGGCAUAGAGCCAAGCUGUAACAUCCAGCGUGCAGUGGCACCUCCCUCAGCGACGAAGCACCUCACCCUGCCUCGCCUCAUCUCCUCUGUCAGUGAGACGGGCCUGGAUGCCAAACACCUGCUGCGGUGCUGCAAUCUCAACUGCUCUUACAUCAGCUUGCUGCCUCCUGGUGCUGCACCACAAUCCCAAAAGCACUUUGGUGGAGAAGAGUACUGCAGCAGUCCCGUUGGCCAUGUCAGAAGCCUAACCCACGACAUGGGGACCAUGACAGCCCACAAACAGCUGAGGGAUGUCGGGGUGCAGACAGCACAGACAGUCACACCUCAUGUCUUCCCUCAAAUCUGUCUCGCAGAGGAGAGGAGGAGAGAGGCUCCCGACAAUGACAGUAAUGGAGGCAAGAAAGCGGGAGGAGCUCCCAAGUCCCCCGUGAAGGAGGUGAAGUGGGAUGCCGAAGGCAUGACAUGGGAGGUGUAUGGGGCCUCCGUGGACCCUGAGGAGCUGGGCGUGGCCAUCCAGAAACACCUGGAGCUGCAGAUCAAGGAGACAGCAAGCCAUGCGGCCAAACUGUCCCACCAGAACACCAACAGCUCCCGGCAGGGCGGGAACACCGGCUGUCAGAGAAAGAGGAGCAGGAUGAUGGGCUCCAUCCGAGCCCCGGCCUGCUGCACCCGCAGCACUACAGCUGUCGACUAACGGAGCGGCUGACUGAUGGACUGUGCUCAGCAACUAGUAAGGCUACUCUUAGCCUCAGCCUCAAAUAAAGUCAAUGGAAGGUAGAAUAAUCUGCAUAUUAAGUCAAUGAAAACGCCUCAUAUAAAAUGAUGAUUAAAUAUUUGUAUUAUUGUUAUGAAAAAGGCAAAUCAAAAGAAAAAGUGGUAAAAAAAAAAAGGAAACCAAUGAUGAACUAACAACAGCUUUACAUUUCAUUUGUCUAUGUUUCAAUAUUUCAACUAUUGGAAUCAUGAUUCCUGCAGCUGUGCACUGCCAGUGUUUUCAGAAGUGUGUGUGUGUCUUCAUAAUAAACUACUAAGGACAUAGACACCUGUACUGUGUAAAGCAAUCUCAUGCAGUCUGAUAACUGUCCUGCAAUAAAUACGACUCUUGUAAAAUG